AUGUUGAUGAAGCGGAGCCCCAGCCAGCUAGCCUCCUCACAUCCAGUGGGCCGCUACUCUAGGAACCCAGAUCGCACAAAAUAUUACCAGAUCACCCGCAACCUGGACAAGGCUUACCCUUCAAAGCAGAAACCGCAGUUAUGUGGUCACAUAGAGGUGCGGAAUAAUGUGAGUCGUCUAGUGGACCAGCUGGGCAACUGCUCGGUGGUGGAAGGCUCGCUGAUGGUCAUGAUGACACGUGCGGAUGAUAUCUGGGCAAAUUUGAGUUUCCCCUACCUGACGGAGAUCACGGGCUUCCUGUUCUUCUACCGAGCCAUCGGACUUCAGUCACUGGGACGGCUGUUUCCAAACCUGGCUGUCAUCCGGGGGAAUCAGCUAUUUCAGAACUAUGCCCUUGUGGUGUUUGAAGUCGAGACGCUGCUAGAGUUGGGGCUGUCGCGGCUGACCGACAUCCAGCGGGGGGCGGUGCGUGUCGAGAAGAACCCCAACCUGUGCCACGCAGACACGGUGGACUGGAACCGCAUCGCUCCGCAUGCGGCCGACGUCCAUCACAUUGUGGACAACCGGGACUCCUCGGAGUGUGCGCCCUGCCCCGAGCACUGCCCCUUCAGGGAUGGCCGGGCAGGGGCCGGCAGCCGCCUCUGCUGGAACCGCGAACGCUGUCAGAAGGACGCGGUUCCAUCGUCGACGACUGAGGAGGCGAACGGCAUCGACGACCAGGCGCCGGACUCGGCGUCCACUCAGCGGCCGGGCAUCGCGUCGCCUUCAGUCCCGCCAGGCGGCUUGGGACCGGCGCUGGCCAGCGAGUCAUCGGCGUCCUCAGCUAGCCUGCCGUCAGCGGCCGGUCUGCCUCCAGAGCUGGCCGGAGUACACCCGGCUGCGGCGGCAUCGUUGUCCGACCUUCAAGGUGCCGCUGGCCUUCCCUUCUUCCGAGGUCCCAUCGCCAUGUUGCCCCGGCCGCUGCUCUGGUGGCCGCUCUCCGAAGGUGUGCAAGAGACGGCCGCCAAGCUACUCUUCUGCAGCCUGCGCUGGAUCCGCAGCGUGCCGGCCUUUGCGCAGCUAUGCUGCCGUGACCAGCUGCUCUUGCUCGAGGCCUCCUGGAGCGACGUGUUCCUGCUCAGCGCAGCGCAAUGGGGAUUCCCACUGGUCACUGCCACUGGUGUCGAGUCUGCGGCCGGCGAAGGCGGUAGUGCCGCGGGGGGCCUGCGUGGACUGCAGGCAGUGCGCGAGGCCGUGGGCAGGCUGACCGCCCUGCAGACGGACGCCGCAGAGUACUCGUGCCUCAAGGCCCUCGCCCUGUUCAGACCAGAAGUGUCCGGUCUACGCGAGGCGUCGCAAGUGGAGCGCGUCCAGGAGCAGACGCUGUCGGUGCUCCUGGAGAGCGGCGACGAGCGGCCCCGGCAGCAGCAGCACCGAGCCGCGCGACUCCUCCUGUUGCUGGGUUCUCUGCGCGCCGUGCCGGCCACGUUGCUCGAGGAGGCCUACUUCCGGCCCACCAUCGGACCGGUGCCCAUCGAGCGUAUCCUCUGCGACGUCCUGCAGACGCUCUGAGAGACCGCACUGCGGUGUCUCUCAUCUCUCCGCAAAACCCGCACUCCGAAAGCGACGG